CCAGACCCCGUCUAGUGACCCCCAAGCCUUGUGGGGUCCCCCCUGUGUCCCCCCCCAGCAGCCCGGCAGGGGCCCAUGGGGAAGGGGCCCAUGGUCUGGGGGGUUUUCAGGCUGCUGCUACCCCUGGCCCUGCCUGGACCCACCCCCCCAUGCCAGGAAGGGAAUUUGGGGGCCCCCCGAUGGGGAGGGAGACCCCAGACCCUGAUCUUGACCCCCGGGAACUAGCGGUUGCCCGCGCUGCGCUGUGGGGCCAAGACCCCUGGGAGCUGCUGUGGCAGGACGAGGAGGGGGACACGCUGCUGCACGUGCUCUGUGCAGGGGGGCUGCGAGCGCCUGCCCGGGCUGCAGCUGAGGCUCUGCGGGAUCUGGGAGGGCUUGAGAUGCGGGAGCACCUGGGAAAGACCCCGCUGCUGGUGGCAGCGGCAGCAGCGGCUCCGGGAAUUGUGCGGGACCUGCUGGUUCUGGGGGCCGAUCCCGAUGCCGCUGACCACAGGGGCCGGACGGCCCUGCACCUGGCAGCAGCCUAUGGACACCCUGAAAUUCUCCAGGCCAUGAUGUCCUCGGGAGUCCCUGUCAACGUGGAGGCCAGAAACUUUGAGGGCCAGACACCCCUGCACUGCGCUGUCCUAGCCCACAAUGCUUCACUGCGGGGGGGCACUACCCCCGCAGGGGCCCCUGUGGGGGGAUCCCCCAUUCCCACCCUCCAGGACCGACUCCGCUGUGUCGAACUGCUGCUGCACAUGGGAGCAGACAGCAGCAGCCAGGACACCAAAAGCAGCCUGACAGCCCUACACCUGGCCGUGCAGGGUGGCAACCUGGCCCUGGCCCACCUACUGCUGCGCCAGCCCGGCAUGGCCCCACGCCUGGUCAAUAUGAAGGCCCAUGGAAACACGCCCCUGCACAUGGCAGCAGCACUGCCCGGAACCCCCAGCCAGGAGCCCCUCGUGCGGCUGCUCCUGGCCUGGGGGGCUGACCCCAGUGCCCGGAACCUGGAACAUGACCUGCCUCAAGGGCUGCUGCCCCCUGGGCCCCCCGGAGACCAGCUCCGCCUCCUCCUGAGGAGCCGCCGCGGGUCCCGCCGGUCCCUCCCCACCACGGAGUGAUGUCAUAGGGGUGGGGUCUCCUGAGUAUGGGGGUGGCACAGCCCCAUAUUGUGGGAUUCCCCACCAUGUCAAUUUUUCCCAAUUUCAGUGAAAUUGCCCACAAAUUUCUGUGAAAUGAGUUUGAACCACAUUGGUUUGGGGAGAGGGGCACUGGAAGAAAGGGAGAUCCAGGCCCCCUUUCCCCCCCAGUACACUCCUACCUCCCCGGCCUUGUUAAUGGAGGUUGCUAAUGAGGUGGAGGUCCCCCCAGAUUGGGGCAUUUGAGAUGGAGGACCCCAAACCAGGUGGGGACCCCAACACUGAGGAAUUCUGGAACUAAAUAAAAACAUUGUUAAAA